UCGCCCCGGGGGGGUUGCGGCCGCUGCCAAUUGCGUAAGGGCGGCAGCCGGGGCGGGGAGCGGCGGGAGGUGGCGAGCAGCCGGGCGGCCUCCCGCCGUGUCCGGGGCGGGGAGCGCCAUGCCGCCGCCCUGAGCGCGCCGCCGCGCCGGGCCCAGUGACUUUAUAACAUGCAAGACACUGAUGCCAGGGGGAGCUCCCCUGCUUUCCUCCAGCCUCAGAACGGGAGCAGUCACAGGCCUUCGGGGUACAUCCCAGGGAGAAUUGCCCCACUCCGUCCCCCACCACCUUCACAGAGCCAUGCUGCAGCCGAAUUUACCUCUGCAAGACAAGAAGCGCGGACAAGACUCCCAUCCUUACCAGUGGAUCGGCACCACCACCAGGCAGAAGCCAACAGGCAUAAAAAUACUCUAAUUUGCUUUGCCAUUUCUAGCCUUUCUCUUUUUGUUGCACUGGGGAUUUUUUUGGGAAUAGCUUCAAAAUAUGCUCCAGAUGAGAAUUGUCCUGAUCAGAAUCCUCGUCUUAAAAACUGGAACCCUGGAAAAGAUCCUGAAAAGAGAGUGUUUAUCAAAAAAGGGGAUUUGUUUCGUCUGAACUCAGAUGCUACAGUACACUCUAUAGUUAUACAGGAUGGAGGGUUACUUGUUUUUGGUGAUGAUAAAGAAGGUUCUAAGAAUAUUACCCUGAGAACUCGAUUUAUCCUGAUAAAGGAUGGUGGAAUGCUUCAUGUUGGAGCAGAGAAAUGCCGCUAUAAAUCCAAAGCAACUAUUAUUUUGUAUGGGAAGUCAAACGAAGGUGCUGAUAUGCCAGAAUUUGGCAAAAAAUUUAUCGGUGUGGGCCCUGAAGGAACCCUGGAGUUGCAUGGGCACCAGAAGUUAUCUUGGACCCUUCUGUCAAAGACUAUGUAUUUCUCAGGGCUGGCCUAUGGUAAUUAUACAUUCAAAAAGAAUUUUUCCCGAGGACUAAAUGUGAGAGUGAUUGAUCAGGACACAGCAGAAGUUUUGGAAGUGCUGAAGUUUGAUACUCAUGAAUUUGCAGAAGACAGCUUGAAGCUCCAGACCCUACUGAAAAAUAGAAGUCCUGGUCGCAUUGUUGCUAUUGCUGUAGGAGAUUCAGCUGCUAAAAAUCUACUGGAGGAAACCAGAGUGACUAUUCAAAACCUUCUGGGAAGUAAGUUUGUCAGAGGAUUAAGUUACAGGCAAGCCUGGGCUUUUGUUGGUGUCAUAGGUGGUGGAAAUUCUUCCUGUAAUGAAUCAGUGAGAAACUAUGAAAAUCACAGCACCGGUGGGAAAGCACUUGCUCAGAAAGAGUUUUUCACAGUGGAUGGUCAGAAGUUUGUUGUGAAAGCUUACAGUGAAUGGAACGAUGGCGUCCCAAUUUCAGGCUUCCAGGUGAAAGCUGUAGGUGGAGUGAUACUGAAUCUUCUGGAUGAUGUUAGUAAUUGGGAGCACGGAGACCGUAUUGUGGUCGCAAGCACAGACUAUUCAAUGUAUCAGACAGAGGAAUUCACUCUCCUUCCCUGCCCAGAGUGUACCAAGCAUCAGGUCAAAAUCAAAGAAACUCCUCAAUUUCCUCACAUUGGAGAAGUUAUUGAUGGAGUGGACAUGAGGGCAGAAGUUGGAGUUCUUACAAGGAACAUUUUAAUCAAAGGGGAGACAGAAAAUACCUGCUAUCGUGAAAAGGAGUGUCAGUUCUUCAAUUACGAUACAUUUGGUGGACACAUCAAGAUUUUGAAAAAUUUUACAUCUGUUCAUCUCUCCUAUGUGGAAUUGAAGCAAAUGGGACAGCAGCAGAUUGGAAGUUACCCUGUUCACUUUCACCUUUGUGGGGAUGUGGAUGAAAAAGGAGGUUAUAAUUUUAAGACUUACCUGGAAGGUCUUUCCAUUCAUCACUGCUUUUCCAGAUGUGUGACUGUUCAUGCAACUAAUGGCUUGCUGAUAAAGGACACCAUUGGCUAUGACACACUAGGUCACUGUUUCUUCACAGAAGAUGGCAUUGAGCAGAGGAAUACUUUGUUCCACAACCUUGGGCUAGUCACAAAACCAGGCACUCUUCUUCCUACAGAUAGAAACAGCAGCAUGUGUAUUGGUAUUAGGGAUAAAGUGUAUGGAAGUUAUGUCCCAGUGCCAGCCACAGACUGCAUGGCAGUUUCAACAUUCUGGAUUUCUCAUCCCAACAAUCAUCUUAUAAAUAAUGCAGCAGCAGGUUCACAGGAUGCUGGAAUAUGGUAUUUGUUCCACAGGGUUGCUACAGGAGAUUCUCAUAGUUUAGCCAUUGAAACCAAGUCAGAGCUUACACCCCUAGGAAUCUUCUAUAACAACAGAGUUCAUUCUAAUUUUAAGGCUGGUUUAUUCAUUGAUAAGGGUGUUAAAACAACUAAUGCUAGCGUUGACGAUCCCAGAGAAUAUCUUUGUUUGGACAACAAUGCAAGGUUUCGACCUCACCAAGAUGCAGAUCCUGAAAAGCCCCGAGUUGCUGCCCUGAUUGACAGAUUAAUUGCUUUCAAAAACAAUGAUCAUGGUGCCUGGGUCAGGGGAGGGGAUAUCCUCAUUCAAAACUCUGGGUUUGCAGACAAUGGAAUAGGUUUAACAUUUGCUAGCGAUGGGAGCUUCCCAAAUGAUGAAGGUGCCAGCCAGGAAGUAUCUGAGUCACUGUUCAUAGGUGAGAGCAAGAAUUACGGGUUUCCAGGUGGCCAGAACAAAUAUGCGGGAACUGGAGGAAUAGACAACAAGGCGCGCACUCUGCCUAGAAAUCGGACAUUUCCAAUCAGAGGCUUUCAAAUUUAUGAUGGACCUAUUCACCUUACCAAGUGCACAUUCAAAAACUUCGUGCCAACUCCAGACAGAUUUACCAGUGCAGUUGGAUUCUUGAUGAAAAAUCCAUGGCAGAUGACACCAAAAAACAACAUUUCUCUUCUGAAGUUUGGUCCGAACGUUUCUUUGAAAGUCUUCUUUGGAAAGCCUGGUCCUUGGUUUGAAGAAGGAGAUCUGGAUGGUGACAAGAACUCAAUAUUCCAUGAUUUAGAUGGUUCAGUGACUGACUACAAGGAUACCUAUGUGGGCAGAAUGGAUAACUACUUGAUUCAACACCCCAAAUGUGUUAAUAUCACAGAAUGGAAUGGAGUGGUUUGCAGUGGAACCUAUGCACAGGUUUACAUCCAAACCUGGAAUGGACAGAAUCUUUCUAUGACUAUUGUACGAGAUGAGUACCCAGCCAAUCCCAUGGUUCUUCGAGGUAUUAAUCAGAAAGCUGUCUUUCAGCAAUACCAGCCAGUAGUGAUGCUCCAAAAGGGCUACACAAUACAUUGGAAUGGAAAAGCUCCAAACGUCACCUAUCUUUAUCUCAUUAACUUUAACAAGAAUGACUGGAUUCGUGUUGGUCUUUGUUAUCAACCAAAUACAGAUUUUGUUAUAGUAUUGGAAACCUUUCAAAGGCGGUCAUCUGCUCUGUCAAGCAAGAUAGAGCGCUACAUGCCUGUAUCUUCAAUGAUGGAGCUGGAAAAGAGUCGAUCAGACAGGAAGUUUUACUUUGACAACAGUACUGGAUUACUGUUUUUAUUUCUUCAAGCCAAAUAUAAUAGGGAUGGUCACAGUUAUUGCUCAUCUCAGGGAUGUGAAAGGAUCAAGAUUGUGACCAAAGAUUCAGCAAAAGGGAUCAGUAACUGCAUGUCAAAAGCUUACCCAAAGUACUACCAAGGACCAACGGUCACAAAACAGAUGCCGGUAAAAACUACUGUACCAUGUACAAAGUGUGGCACAACUCAGGUGGUAUUCACCAGCGAUCCUCACAAAAACUACCUCCAUGUGCAGAUUCAUUCAUCUGGUAAAAAGGAGUUGAGCAGAGGUCAGCAAGCAUUUAUUUCUGUCAACGACACUAUGUUUUCCUUCAAGGAUAAUGGUAUACUUACUGUUGUAGUUGAUGCCUGCACUGGCACAGUAUUGGGAAAUAAAUUAUUUUCUGGAGUAGACAUUAAACGUGUCAAUGGAUAUUUAAAAUCUGGAAUUCCACAAAGGUCUGUCGUUCUACUGAGCACAAGAGGUGAUGUAGCAAUUCCUAAUAAUUUAUCAGAAGCCUUAAUGUCCCUGGGGACAGCCAAACCACCUUAUCUUCAGAGCAAUGGAAGCCUGGCCUUUCUGGGCUUCAGAGGAAACUUUACGCCAUCCUGGAUUAAGCUGUUUACUGGUCCUGCUGGGCAUGGGCUUGUUCAGAUAGAAAAGUAUAUCCCUUUACAACUGGAAGAGUAUGGCUGUGCCAGAGCAAUCAAAAGCCGACGCAAAGACCUUGAGCUUCUGAAGAAGGCUACACGAUCUCAUUAAAGACUAAGAUGUACAUAAAAGCUGGGGGAAAAAAAUGUGAACUAACUUAUUUUUUAAUUUAUGGCAUUUUAAACUAUAUUGUUAUCCAAGUAAAUCAUGUUAUUGUCUGACAGAUAUUUGCCAGCAUGGACCGCUUGAAUGCCAAUCUGUGCACCUUCUAGUUGUACAAAAUAUUAAAGAAUUUAUUAGUAUUUGUAUAAACAGGUUUCAGAGAUUUUUUAGAUGUUGGAAUUUACUGUAAACAAGUUCCUUCUGUUUCAUGCUCCUUUUCUAUGUAAGAGGGUGUUCAUAAAUGCCUUAAAUUUUUGAUAACGUGUUGGAGUGCAUCUUGGAUUACUUGAAAGAUUAACAUUAAAGUAUCCAUAAGCAUCUUGAAUUGGUCAUUACAGCUUAGGCAUUUUGCCUCAGCUGUUUAGUUUUCCUGGGGGUUUGUUUAGCAAUGAGCUCAGUUACAUUCUCAGUCUGCUUUCCAAGUUGUUGAAAACCAAUUUCCCCUGCGCAUGCAGCUGACUCAAGGGGUUUUAACUGCAGCAAAAUUUUUACUUUGCUCUAUGAAAAAUGGAGAGAAGGGAUCCAGAGAUCCAGCCUGGGGCUGGGUGAGGAUUGUGCACCAUGCAGCAGAGCUGAACAAGGCUAUGUGUACCAGUGUGGCAUACAGAGCAGAAAAUGACUACCAUUCUUUGGUGUCACUAUUUACUGUUCACCCCUAAAUACACAGGUGUCUGUGAGAGUUACUUCAGUAAACAGCCUGGGUGUUAAGGCUACAAUUCAGCUUGACUUCAGCUUUUUCUUUUAAAGCUUUUAGCCAGAAGGGCAAAGCUGAGGUAUUGUUAUUUUCAGUUUUUUAUGAAACUAAGCUUCUAAUCUGGCAGUGGGUUUUUGGGGUUUUUGGUUUUGUUUUGUUUUUUUUUUUUUUUGUUUGGUUGUUUUUUGUUUUGUGGUUUUUUUAAGGCUAUUGCAACUUUAACUUCUUAGUGAAUGGAAGGUGCUCUCAAUUUACUCAAGCAUGUCAUAGCUUUUGCCUUAACUUUGAUUCUUUUAAUAUACUCAUGUCAUUAAUUUCUAUUGAUUUUAUAUUAGGUCUGUUUGAUUUUUUUUUUUUUUUUGGUUUUGUUGCAGUUAUUUGGCCCUUGCUGCAGACAGUGUGAAAAUCAGUUAGAAGAACUGAGUCACAGCUGCCCUUUUUCAGGAUACUAGUCUUUGAAAUUAAGUUUCAGAGACUGUAAAGAUAUGUUUCAUAACAGGGAACAAUAGGUGCCAUAGAGCUAAAAAUGUAACCAUAGUUCUCGUAAAACAUAGUUCCUUCUUCUUGUAUACGUUCUUACUCAUUCUAGCUGGUAUAAUGUAUCUGCCAUUCAGAGAUGCUUUGUGCUUUGAAUUCGAAAUGGAGUGGCUGUUGGAAAUGAACUACGCUUGUCUUCUCCAAAGAAGUUGAAAAACUGUGGGGAUUUGUUUUGUGCUUUAAAGGAGAGGAGGCACAGUAGAAGACCUAUUAUUCUGUUCCAUUAAAAUAUGCUACCUCAGUGCUACAAUUAAACUGUCUGGUCUAGUGUAGUUUCUGAAGUGAGAGGGGAGGGGAAAGGAACACAAUAUGAGAGAUACAGUUAACAAAUAGAUGUCUGAUUUUAUUUUUAUUGUGAAACCAAGCCAAAUGGAUGAUUGUGUAUUUUGCAGUUGUUCCGAUGCACAAUUCCUGUUACAUUUUAAAAAAAAAAAAGGGGGGGGGGGGGGGGGGGAAGUGUGUUUUGUUAGGGAGAGAUGUGGUAAAUAUUUAAGUCUAGCUGUAAUGUUUGGUGUUACUAAUGCAGGGCAAUGUGAUUUAAAUGCUCUGAUGUGCAGUAGUCAUAGUGUUUGGGGAUUGAAAUGGUUUUAAGACUUGCGCUGUUCUGUGGGUCACACUCGGCAGAGAAAUAACAAUGAGGUGGUGACCUUCAGGCUUGUGAAGUCGGCCAUUAUUUAUGAGAUUCUGCUGUUCUAAGCCAUCUUGUAAAAAAUUGUACUUGGAAGUAUCAAGGGUGUUUUGAUAUAGGGGUUACUGAUGGAAAACUGGACCUGAAGUUGAAGUGUUGUCUUUUAUGUAAAUUUAAACACUUGAUAAGUAGCAUAAAUAAAUUUUUACAUCUGACAAGGCAAUAAAA